GUUUGUUUUUCCGUUUACCGGAACACACGCUUGUGCGCUCGUGCUCUGAUCCAGGUGACAUUAAACGCUUCAACCUACUGCCAGUGACCAUUAAAACACUCCAGUCUUAUUCCGAUACCAAACCCGUUAUUAUUACUACUUUAUACUGGGUCAAUUCGGUCCGUCGCGAUGUUUCUGUCAUCGGUACCGACGCGCGUGCUGAUGCGAAGGUCGCGCAGUCUGUCGCCGUGUCGCGCGCUGCAGACGGGUCACGGCGAGACCUCACGCUUCCGGAACCUCUGUGAGCUCGAGCCGAACCGGAGUCCGGUGGCGAGCGGGUCACGGAUGUCCAGAACGGGCGUUUUGGGCGAAGAGUCGCAUAUGCAGUACCAUCACUUGGCCAACAGGUGGCGCGUCAGUCUGGAGGGCCGCAGGAGCAGCUGGGCGGCUCUGACCGCUGCGGGGCGCUACAGUGACGGGGGCAAAAGCCGCUCAAACACCGCUGCUGCUGCGGGACUCAUUUCAGCUGCUGCUCUCGCGUUCUGCCUGAAGAAAGACAGUGAUGACAAAGCUGAAAGUCUUCUAGAAGCUGCCAGAUCCAGUAACACACAGGAGGUGAUCAGGUUGUUGGCGGAGGGGACGGAUCCGAACACUCGACACCGUUUGGGCUGGACGCCUCUUAUGGUGGCCGCGAUGAACCGACAUCAUAAUGUGGUGAAGGUUCUGUUAGAGGCGGGCGCUGAUCCAAACAUGGGUGAUGACUUCAGUAGUGUGUAUGAAACAGCUCGCGAGAAGGGCGUUCACUCGCUAGAGGUGUUGGUGAGUAGAGAGGACGAGUUCAGUAAUCGUUUGAGCAGUCGCGCUAGUUUUCGUGGAUGUACUCCGCUGCAUUACGCUGUUCUGGCCGAUGACCUGCGGACCGUCCGGAUGCUGCUGGAAGCAGGUGCCAACCCCUUGCGGAAGAACGACAUGGGACACACAGCGCUAGCGUACGCCAGAGACGGAGAGAUGAACACUGUCCUGAAAGAGUGGGAGACCAAGUUUGCAGAAGUUCAGCAGAAAAGAGAGAUGGAGGAGAGGAGGAAGUUUCCUCUGGAACGCCGAUUGAAGGAACACAUCAUUGGACAGGAACGAGCCAUUAAUACCGUAGCAUCAGCGAUCAGGAGGAAGGAGAACGGCUGGUAUGAUGAAGAGCAUCCGCUCGUCUUCCUGUUCCUGGGCUCCUCUGGAAUCGGUAAAACUGAACUGGCCAAGCAGGUGGCGCGAUACAUGCAUAAAGACAUUAAGAAGGGUUUCAUUCGGAUGGACAUGUCUGAAUUUCAAGAGAAGCAUGAGGUGGCGAAGUUCAUCGGAUCUCCUCCGGGUUAUGUCGGUCACGAGGAUGGCGGUCAGCUGACCAAACAGCUCAAACAGUGUCCGAACGCCGUGGUUCUGUUUGACGAGGUGGAUAAAGCUCAUCCAGAUGUGCUCACCAUCAUGUUACAGCUCUUUGAUGAGGGUCGUUUGACUGACGGUAAGGGGAAGACGAUUGAGUGUAAAGAUGCCAUCUUUAUCAUGACGUCUAAUGUAGCUAGUGAUGAAAUUGCCCAUCAUGCACUGCAGCUGAGACAGGAAGCCGAAGAGCAGAGCCGUCAACGACUCGCCAAAAAUCUGGAAGAUGUUCAGAAGAGUGAGAAGAUCACAAUCUCCAACACAUUUAAAGAGGAAGUCAUUCGUCCCAUUCUGAAGGCUCAUUUCAGACGUGACGAGUUUCUGGGUCGGAUAAACGAGAUUGUUUACUUCCUGCCGUUCUGUCACGCUGAACUCACGCAGCUCGUCAGCAAAGAGCUCAACUACUGGGCCAAGAAGGCGAAACAGAGGCACAAUAUCACACUGCUGUGGGAGCGUCCGGUGCUGGAGCUGUUGGUGGGGGGGUAUAACCUGCAUUAUGGAGCGCGCUCAAUCAAACACGAGGUUGAGCGUCGUGUGGUGAAUCAGUUGGCUGCAGCGUAUGAACAGGAUCUUCUCCCGAAGGGCUGCACGCUGCGUCUGAUCGUGGAUGGAGGAAUGAAGGAGAAAGAUGGAGCUCCAGCUCUCCGUCUGGAGGUGGUGGGUGAAGACAGCAGCACCCGAAAACUAGACAUCCGCCCGCCGCUCAACCCAGAGGACGUGACUUACGCGCACUAGACUCUCAGACAAAAUCACAGAAGAAUUCAUAAGACUUCACAAACCAAAUGAAGCAACACAUCACAUCCACAGACCAACAGGUUCCUGUGACACUGCAAUGUAAAGUUCAGACUUCCAAAGCUACAGUAUGUGGAUGUUGUCUGGUUAGUGAAUGUUGUUUUGUGUCUGUGUAAAUGCUUCAAUAAAGCGUGUUAUCGUUCACAUGGAUGUAGAUGUCAUCUAGUGUUAGCUUUAGCUAUCAUCACCUCUUCAACACAUUAUUAGCAGAAACGUAACAAUUUGACUUAUUACAGUGUUGAAUUCUACAUCCAAACUGACACUCGUAACUGUAAUAACACUCAUAAAUCAAAACCUCUUUAUGAUGUUUGAUAUAAUAAACAUCUUCAUCACGCUUAGUAGAGCUGCUGUUCCACAAGAGCUGUAGUCAUGUGUAUAGAGAGAGUAUAUAAAGAAGAGACACAGAUGUGUAUAUUUAUUGAUGUUAAAGAAGUAGUUCAGAUUAAUCAUGAUGGUAUUUCUGGGCAUUUGUUGGAAUGAAUCAUAUACUCAGUUUCAUGAAAUUUUAAAGACCAGUAGAAUAUGUAAAUGUAGAAAAUCAUCAUAAAUAUUUAUUUUAUACUUAAAACACCAUGGGGAAGAUUCUGAGGCUUGGAUUUAAUGUCAACAUGAGAUCAAAAUUUACUCUAAUGUACAUUUUUUAAUGUAUGUUCCUGGUCUUACUCUGAACGAUUCAUCAUUGCACAUUAUUCUGGAGAAAAACGUUUUUGUCUUUGUUGCAUUUCUUCAAAAUGUAAUAAUUUGCUCCGCUUUUCCAUUGUUUAGGUGAGUUAAAUGUUUAGAAUAAGGUACAAAUAAACAGUCAAAUACUGCCAAAAGAGCAGAAAUAUCACACAAAUGUCUGAAGAAGAUCUUUAAAGUUUUCCUUGUGUAACAUGUAAGGCUUUGGGUUUUUUUGUUUUGUUUUUGAGUAAAUUGCAUGUUUAAAUGCAAGCAAAACGUCUCUUUUUCAUGCUUGUGCAAAUCAGCUAAAAUAAAGUUCUAAAUGC